CCCACCCUCCCACUGUGGGAGACACUGCGAAGGCCCCUGUUGGCCGCCCAACCCGCCGCCCGUCCAUGCCGUCUCCGUCCCGUGCUAGCGCAGCUGUCUCAAAAUUUCUUUGAAAGUGCCUCUCUCGACACGCGACGCUUCCCUGUCUCUGACAUCGCCACAUCUCACCACCCGUCACAUCCAGAUACCCAGCCAAAAUGCUACGAACAGCCCUCACCCGCUCUUCCAGAGCCCUCUGCUCCGGCGCCCGCGUUGCCGCCCAGCGCCCUAUUGCUUCCCAGAUCUUCCAGAUGCAAGCUGCCCGGACAGCUGCUCCCCAGCUGCGCUCCGCCGCCCGGUGGUACAGCGCCGAGGCUGAGGGUGAGAAGAAGGCCGACGAGGGCGCCGAGCAGAAGGAGGGUGAGACCGACGAUGUCGUUGCUGCCCUCAAGAAGCAGCUCGAGGCCAAGGACGCUGAGGCCCGCGAGUGGAAGGACAAGUGCCUUCGCACCGUCGCCGACUUCCGCAACCUCCAGGAGCGCACCGCCCGCGACGUCAAGCAGGCCAAGGACUUUGCCAUUCAAAAGUUCGCCAAGGACCUUGUUGAAAGCGUCGACAACUUCGAUCGCGCCUUGAGCGUGGUUCCUCAGGACAAGCUCAAGUCGGAGGAGCAGUCUGAGCACCUCAAGGACCUCGUCAACCUCUACGAGGGUCUCAAGAUGACCGAGAGCAUCCUCCUUUCGACCCUCAAGAAGCACGGUCUCGAGCGCAUCGAACCUGAGGGUGAGGUCUUCAACCCCAACGAGCACGAGGCCACCUUCAUGGCGCCCAUGCCCGACAAGGAGCACAACGUCGUCUUCCACGUCCAGCAGAAGGGCUUCAAGCUCAACGGCCGCGUCCUCCGCCCUGCCCAGGUCGGCGUCGUCAAGAACAAAUAAAUGUUUUUUUCUGUUUCAUCCAACAACCGGAAAAGGGCUAAGCAGAGAUGGUUGGCAUGGGCUUAGCAGGGCAGGGCUUAGCAGGGCAGGAUACCCUGAGAUGUCAUAUCAUGACAUGACAUGAGAACAAGCCCAUGGAGAAAGAAAAUUUCAACAUAUGGGGCUCAAGAUAUAGCCAGGGGAACCAAAAAAGGAAAACAUUAAAAGG